AUGGGUAAUGCUUGUUAAAAUCAACACUAAAAUGGCACUUAAAUGUUAACUUAAGAGUAAGAAAGUUUUGUAAAAGAAGAAAAUUUAAAAGUGAUUCAAAACAUGAGUCCAAUUAUUAAAAAACAUGAAUAUCAACUUGAAAACCUAAAUGAAGGAAUAGGAGUAAGCACUAUUACUGCUAUUAUCAUUAAACCAAGAGAUUAGACUUAAGUUCUUGAGAUUUUACGAGGAAUAAAAAACACUGAAACAGAAAUCAGAUAUUUUAAUCGAUAGGAUUAUGGAUUUGGAACUCCUUCUUCAAAAAAUGACUCUAAAAGAAGCACAGGUGUAAAAUCUAAUAGUGAAAAGCAUGUUCAUUUUUAGAUUCCUUAAAUGAAGAUUGUAAAACAUGAAUCUAAAAAUUUGAAGAAACAUGUUAAGAAAUGA